UGCCUGCCACUAUAUAAAUUGCAUACUUGGAGAGGUGCAACUGAGCGCCGCCGUCAGAACAAGUGGCCGCUCAUUAAACCAACCCCCACAGUCCGUCAGGUUAACUUUGAUGGUGUUUCACCGCCGUCGCUGCCCUCCUGCCUCCAGAGAAUGGGCGUGAAUCCUGACUCCAAAGGAAGCCGAGAGGCGACUCCUUCUUCUUCUUCAUCAUCUCCUCCUCCUCUUCUCCUUUGCGCCGGCGACUCAGCGGCUCAGUUCAGUCUGCACGUCGCUGCGUACGCAUAGCGAGAAUACGCUCCAGCGGGAUGGAGAGAGGAUAGAGAGUGUUUUUAAAUGGACCUAUAUUUUUUAAGAGGUAGCAUUUUUGUUUUAAACAACAACGACGUCAACAAACCUGACUUUGCUGGAAUCAAUCGGAAUAUAAUUUUGGGCAUUAUUUCCAAUAUAACUUCAUAGUAUCGGUGCGUAAUGGUGCGUAAUAGUUUAUACUUUAAUAGCCAUACACGUGAUGUGAUCCAACGUGGACAAAUGUGUAAUAUUCCUCUCGGAAGCUCAAAUAAUCUCUGAGUGUUUCCUAUUGGAACACUGACAACAUUUUAUUUCUUAUGGUUAUUGUCAACCAGGUGUUGAUUUCCUAAAUCCUCCGCGUGGACCAUAGCCGCUGCAUGAGCCUCCUUAAUCCACUCAGAAAGUACAGGAGGGAGGGGAGGGAGGCGCAAUAAGUAUACGGCAGAGGGGGUGCGCUCUUGUUUGAGAAAGUGAGACAGAAUCAGAGAGAGAGAGAGAUCGAGGGAGGGAGAGAGAGAGAGCAAAAGAGAGGGCGCGCAAGAGAGAGGGAGAGAGAGAGAGAGAGAGAGAGAGAGAGAGAGAGAGAGAGAGAGAGAGAGAGAGAGAGAGAGAGAGAGAGAGAGAGAGAGAGAGAGAGAGAGAGAGGGAUAGACACACAGAGAGACAGAGGGGGGAGAGAGAGAGCGCGCGAGAGGGGACCAAGUGGACCGAGGUGAUCGAGUGCUAACAAACCUCCAAGGGGCUGCCGGCUUGUAUCAGUGUGCGCACACAGGACCAGCGUUCCGACCAUGGGGCUGCCAGCACGCUGCCCGGGACCCUGCUCCGUCCUCCUGGCGCUGACCCUGCUGCUCACGGGACCCAGCACGGUGCUCGGCCUCGGCCAGAACGACACGGAGCCCAUAGUGCUGGAGGGGAAGUGCCUGGUGGUGUGCGACUCGAACCCGUCCUCGGACGGAGGAGUUACUUCCUCGCUCGGGAUAUCCGUGCGUUCCGCCGGGGCGAAGGUGGCAUUUUCCGCCGUGCGCGGGACCAAUCACGAGCCGUCCGAGAUGAGCAACACGUCCAUGACCAUCUAUUUCGACCAGGUUUUAGUGAACAUCGGCAACCAUUUCGACCUCAAAGCCAGCGUGUUCCAGGCUCCGAGGCGGGGGAUCUAUAGCUUCAGUUUCCACGUUGUAAAGGUCUACAACAGACAAACCAUACAGGUGAACCUGAUGCAGAACGACUACCCGGUGAUCUCUGCGUUCGCCGGUGACCAGGACGUCACGAGAGAAGCGGCCAGCAACGGGGUGCUGCUGAUGGUGGAGCGCGAGGACCGCGUGUACCUGAAGCUGGAGCGGGGAACCCUCAUGGGCGGAUGGAAAUAUUCCACCUUCUCGGGCUUUCUGGUCUUCCCCGUAUAAUCCCGCAAAACCCCGCGGAUUCCUGCCCCCCCCAACCAUCACCCCUCCCCGCCCCCUGCCCCCCUCGAUCCGUGGCGCACGUGACUCUCCUUGGUCUUCUCGGAGGUCGAGGGGAAGGGGAGAAGACCCCCCCCACACACAAAGACCACAUCCCCAUUUUAUUCUGAACUGAAAGGAACGGGUCAGCCAAGGAAGCCGACGACGAAUAUCUGUAUCUCUCUCUACACUUGUCUACUACUAUAUAGUCAAAUAUAAACGUUUCCUUGGAGUUUCAUCUAUACACGUCAAUCAAUCAAUCGAUCAAUCAACUUCAACGCAGUCUGGAUGGUGAACCCAGUUUGAUCGGCCCGUGCGUUAUGUGCGCUCGUCGGGUGUUUGGAUUUGUAUCGCUUGGAAAAACUAACUUUGCCCGAGAAAAAGGCACAAGACAUAAUGUACUUGGGGGAGGAUGGACCAGAAUAAGAGGAGAUUUGGGAGAGGAGCGAGUGUUUGCCGAGCUGCAGGCUGCGUGUGUGAUGCUCUGUUUUAUGUUUGUAUAGCCCUUUGGUUUCCGUCCAGGUGAGAUGUGUGGGAUUAUUACGCGCAUCCAGAGAAGUGCGCUAAAAAGCCUUUUUUUUGCACGAGUGGAAGAUCUUUUUUGUUUGGUUUUGGUUUUGUGCUGUCCAUGGUUGUUGCGUUUGGAUGCUGAACCUCUUAUUGAAAAUAAGCCAAAUGUAGGCCGCCUACUAUUCAGAGUUUAUUAAAAAGACUAAAAAAGGCGACAUAUUUCAGCCAUUGGAGACGAUUUAGAGCCCUUUUAUUAAAUAAUAUAUUAUUUAUAAAAGUACAUAUUCCGAUUACUUGUGUGUUCUCUAUACAUUUCAGAUCUGCGUAGCUUUGACUGAUUUAAUGUUCAGUGACGUCGCUCACUAAAUGUACAUUGUGAAAAUAUUAGAAAAAAAACAGCCCUUAUAUGUCCCGAUCAAUAAAAUCUAUUGUAUGGUA